UUAUGAAUUGUACGUAGUUCAUCUUAUUUGAGAAUCAUUAAGUGAAUGUUUAAUAGGAUUCAUGGAAUUACACACGACUGACUGUUCACUGUCUAUUGGAUAAUCUCAUCUAUCAGGUACUUCUCUCCAUUGCUGUGUUCUAUUUAAGGACAUCCAUAUUAAUAAUUGACAAUUAUGCCGACCACUGCUAUUAGGAGUUUACUUUUGGACAUUAUGUGAAAAUUAUAAAUGUUAUACACGUCUGUCAAGAGAGGCAAGAAUGGACAGACAUUAACACAGAUUGAAGAGAUGUAUAUAGUCGGCAUCAUAUAAAGACAGGCAGAAUACAUAAUUUAAUGGUACAAAGAGCCUAGACAUUGUAUGUAUAUUCAUCAUAAGAAUCCAAAUUGCCUUAGCUUUCAUGUAAGUAGCAAGCUUUUGUUAAUUAGUUGCUAUUCUGUACCACUCAAGUGUUAUAUAAACUUGAAGAGAAGGAGUUUCUUCCAAAAUCCUAAAGCCAAGUGUACAAUGGAGGACAUGAGGAAAUUAGUAUUAUUGUUAUUAUUAUACUUGGGAUUGGUUUUUGGAGAAAUUAGUACUAAUGAUCAUGGCAAAAAAGAGAAAAAGUGUAGUUUUCCUGCAAUAUAUAAUUUCGGUGACUCGAAUUCGGACACUGGUGGAAAAUCAGCAGCAUUCAAAGAGGUGCCCCCGCCCAAUGGUCAGACUUUUUUUGGCAGGCCCGUUGGGAGAGUGUGCGAUGGUCGUCUCAUCAUAGACCUCAUAGCGGACAGGUUGGAGUUGCAGUACUUGAGUGCCUACUUAGAUUCGAUCAGUGCAGAUUUUAGGAAUGGUGCAAAUUUUGCAACGGCAGGCUCAUCUAUACUCCCUGGUGGUUACAGUCCUUUUUACCUUGGUCUUCAGAUUUCUCAAUUUCUACAAUUCAAGAAACGUACUAUUUUGCUUAGUGAUUUACGAAUUUCAAACUCAAAGUGGUCUUCCUACAAAGUCAACAUUCCAAAGCCAGAAGAUUUCUCAAAGGCACUUUACACAUUUGACAUUGGACAAAACGACCUUUCCUAUGGUUUUCAACAUACCCAUGAAGCACAAGUCAGAGCAUCCAUUCCACACAUCUUAGACAACUUUACUCAAGCCAUUCAUCAACUUUACAAUGAAGGGGCUCUGAAUUUCUGGAUCCACAAUACUGGUCCCAUUGGAUGUUUGCCCUAUAGUGUGAUAGAUUACCCAUUGAAGCCUCAGGGCUUAGAUGCCAUUGGGUGCAUAGAGAACCAAAACAAGGUGGCUCGUGAGUUCAACAAGCAACUCAAGGACAGGAUAUCACACUUAAGAGCAGAGCUCCCUCAUGCUGCAUUUACUUAUGUUGAUAUUUAUUCAGCUAAGUAUCAAUUAAUUAGCUCUGCCAAGAAAGAAGGUUUUGGAGACUCAUUGAAAUUCUGCUGUGGAUGGUACAACAAUGGCACUGAAGUUGCAUGUGGGCAGACAGCUAUAGUAAAUGGCACAGAACAUGGGAAAGCAAGUAGUGAUCCCACAAAGUACAUUAGCUGGGAUGGGAUACACUACACAGAUGCUGCAAAUGUCUGGUUAGCCAAGUCCAUUCUCAGUGGCUCUUUCUCAGAUCCUCCAGUUCCAAUUGAACAAUCUUGCAGUCACUCAUCCACCAGAUUUUAACAAGAUGUGGUUUUGUCUGGCCAAUCAUCCUGCAAUUUCCAAGAUUAUUACUGCCAUAUGUAUAGCUGCAUAUGCAUAUAUUAUAUUUGUCUACCACUGAGAAACCAUUAGGAACUUCUCAAUCGUAUCUUCAAUGUAUGAUCACUUUAAUAUGUUAUCUGCUA